CAUUGUCUGCUGUCACUUCUGGAGGUCCAGUAACUUUUAUGAUUAGCCCAGUCGUUUUACGUAGCAGAUAUGAACAGUAGUGGAAGCUAGUGUAAUCUAAAGCUGUUUUUCCAUACAAAGACAAUUGAUCGUCCUUACUUGCUAGCUCGGCUGAAAAAGCGCAGAGCGUUGCCGCCGUCCCGUCAUAGGCUGCAUUCAAGACAACGCGCGUUGAGUGGUCGGACCAUCCCUCGCCGUACUUGGGGAAAUUUCGUUCGGCGUACUCGUUGAAUGGCUAGGAUAUCUUUCAUGUGGUAUGAUACAGUAUUAGUGGGUGUGUAAUGAACAGAAGAUGAGCAAGUGGACGGACAGGCUGAAGAAAGUUGAACUGCUUUCCCAGUCUUUCCAUCAGACUCCCUUGACCACACGCUAUAAACCUCGCUUAUGGACAUGCCAACCAUCCUCCGUCUGGAAACUCUUCCCUCGACAAAGUAUGGCUAUCAAGUUUGCACAGAGUUGCAAAGAGGAUGCACAUAUUUUUGCCCUUGAAAAAGAAAAUACCAUCCAAGGCCAAAGGCUGUAUUUGGUCACCAGUUACAGUGAGCUAUGGCAUUACUACAGGACUUACCGUCAAUCACUGAUGCACUGCUACGAGGUGAUUCCAGAAGGGGCUGUUUGCAAACUUUAUUUUGACUUGGAGUUCCACAGGCCCUCCAAUAAAGGGCUUGAUGGAAAAGCAAUGGUGUCUUUUCUUAUUCAGUAUGUUUGUGAAAAGCUGAUGGAAGUUUAUGGGAUCACCUGCACCGUGAAAGAUGUCCUGAACCUUGAUUCUAGCACAGAUGAGAAGUUCAGUCGUCAUCUUAUCUUCAAUUCACCACAUGCAGCUUUCAAAGACAACAUACAUUUGGGUAGAUUUGUACAUGCAAUUUUUGAAGGAAUUCUGAGCAUGCCCAAAAGAGGAAGUCAGUCAAAUGAUGAUGUGAACUUGGUGUCAGAAGAUAACAGUCCACGUAGAAUUAAGGAUCCAGCAGAGGCAUGUGGGACAGCUGAGAAGCCACAUCACAAGAGGAAGAGGCGGGAAGAGAGAGACCUCAGGUGCCUUCUGGUGAAAAACAAGAAGGGCCAGGAAUGUCUCUUUGUGGAUCUUGGCGUAUAUACCAAGAACAGAAAUUUCCGACUUUACAAGUCAACAAAGUCUGGAAAGAGUGCAGCAUUCACCGUUGCAGAUGACAAUGAAUUCCUUGCCAAAAGUGAGAGGAACAUUUCUGCAGAGGAGAGCCUGUUCUUUGCUUCUUUAGUUUGCAACAUGAGUUUCACUGGUCAGAGAAUUCUUACAUGGGACUGUCCUGACACAGAGGGAAACUCCUCAGUACAUCAUCAUCAUCAGCAGAGGUCGACAACAACUCUUGGGUUGUUGGCUGGUUACCAGUACUCUCCUUACCAGGACGUAGAUAAUUUUGUACUAACUGUCAUUCAAAAGGAUGGAAUACAAGGAAGCAUAAGACAGUGGAAUUACUUUGUUUCCGAACAAUUGCUCGUCUAUGACAUACUGAAAUACCGCUGGUGUGAAAAUGUCGGGAGAUUCCAUAAAAGCAACAACAUCAUGAUUCUUGUGGAUCUCAAAGAGGAAGUCUGGUACCAGAAGUGUCAUGAUCCAGCCUGCAAGAACUUCAGAUCCUCAAGUUACCCACUACCACAAGAGAUCUGUACCAGCCAUCUCAUGAAAAUGGACGAGGAAGACCAGACAUAUUUAAUGGAUGAUGCUGGUAACAUUGAACUCAGCCAGGCAUCAGGCCAUCCCCUGCAAAGUGCAGCUCAUCCAGAGGAAAAAGUUGCUGAUGUGUGGGGAGAUGAAUUUGAUGACGAUGCCUAUGUAGAGGCCCUGGACGACUUUGAAACGCAGAGAGAAGCAGAGUUCACAGACAAUAUCCCAGAUCAGCUUCUGCUCCAAUGCAUGGCAGAGUUUGAUGCCAAGUAGAGGAUGUU